UUGCACUCCCGUAUAAUGGAAUGACGUCGGUUUGACGUAAUAUGUCGAGAACAACCACAGAGCAGUUCAGUUUACCCAGUGACGUUCGCCGUGAUUCUCCAAUUAUAAGAAGAGGUUCUCUCAGCACAAACGAGGAUCGAACAAAAACAUUUCGGGAGCUAACACAUUUUCGGCAGAUAAGAGUUUUGGAUCUUGUUGAAGCAGGAUUUUAUCAAGCUGGUAAUGAAAUUGUUUGCUGUGAAUGUAAAUUCAACAUAUCUGAAUGGGAGCCCCAUGAGGAUCCUCGUGUUUUACACAUGAUGAAAACGCCCUGCUGUUCUAAGCACACUAGUGAUGAUUUAAAACGCCACUUUGAUAAUUUGGAGGAAAGAAUUGCUACAUAUCCACUAGACUGGCAUUCAAGGUGCCCUAUUGAUUGUAUGAAACUGGCAGAGGCAUGGUUUUGUUAUGCUGGUGUCGACGUGGAACCACACGAUCGCAGAUCUGAUACAGUCAUUUGCUAUUGUUGUAGAGUUCAAGUCAGGCGAUGGCGUGCAGACGAUGACCCUAAAAAGCAACACGCGGAAGCGUGUCAAUUUCAUUACCAUCAAUCAUCUGAAUGUGCUGGAAGCAGUGGAUACGCAACAGGAUCUGCAUCAAAUGCUCCAACUGUUAGUCCAGUCCCUCAUCAAGACUCGUUCGAGGCAAGGCUUGAUUAUGGUGAGGAAUGGAUGGAUGACACUAUGGAGUCAACUGCAGACCUAUUCGAAACUGAAAUUUAACUGUACGGUAUAUGUGUAUGUUGUGGAGCUGACAUUUUUAAUUUGUAUGUUUUUUUGACUGAGUUUUGUUUGUUUUUGCCAAUGUGGGCAUUUGCAAUUGUUAUUUUUAAAUCGCUUUGGAUAGGCAAGGGUCUAUACCUGCAGGAGGUACUUGUAUAUACAGUAUAAUAUAUACAGUAUAAUAUAUACAGUAUAAUAUAUACAGUAUAAUAUAUACAGUAGACGGG